GCAGAGACAGGCACCGGGGGCGCUGGUGGGUGAUAAAAAGCCCGGAGAGCGGAGCGCAGGAACCCAGGCGUCCGGGACCGUAAAGCUGAGCGAGCCGCGCGAUGGGGUGGCAGAUGGGGGCGGCGUUCCUAGCUGCCUCCAUCUUGAUUUCCUUCUUCCAUCCCACUGGAGUCAUGAGUUUCACUCCAGCUAAAGUCCUUUUGCCUCGAGCCCCACGCAUCGUCCUUCUUAAAGUUACCUGGGAACCCUCAAACCCAGUAGCAGGGCAAAACGUUACUCUGAUUCCAGGAGGACUGGAAGUCUUCCACGUCUGUCGCUGGUAUCGAGCGGCGGCAGUGGAUGAAGCAAACGAGAUCUUCAGCUACCACCCGCCUCCUCCGAGUCACUGGCAGCAAAAAGGGUCUGCUUAUACCGGGCGAGAGACUGGAGGCCCGGGUUGCACCUUGCACAUCACAAACCUAACAUUGGAUGACUCGGGGAACUACACAGUGACAAAGGAAAGCCGUGCAAUGCCGUUGAAUAUAGGUCACGCUCUUCUCAGAGUCUCAGAACCUCCUUCCGUACCAGAUUCUGCGUGUUCAAAACGGUCUGGAAUCAUCUCCGGGAUUGUCCUCGGGUCCUUGGUUGUAACUGCGAUGAUCGGGAUCCUGCUUUACUUCCUUCUUCGCGCUUAUUAUCCAAGUGACAACAAGACUUCGACACAACUUAUUUCAACUUACGCCAUGUAUGAGCACCUUUCCCCGUCUGUGGGGGAGAAUCCCUGAGGCAAAGCGUGAGAGCUGAAGUCCGUCAGAUUCACGAGAUGCUGCAGCAGGGGAACUAGGACGUGUAUCAAGAGCCAAUGCGUAAUGGAAAAGUCAACGCAUCUUUCCGCCACAUGUUCAUCUCUUUGGCCUUCUAGCCGAAGACUUGCUGGUCUUUUAGAUAAAGCGUCAGCCUUCCAUUCUCUGCCCAGAAAUGCUAGGGACUGCUACCUUCUUUCUCUAAGACAUUGGUUCAGCUUCUUCUCAGCUGGGCUUCAGUUCAGGAACUCCGAGCCCCUGUUUUGAGCCAGACGUUGCGUUCCGAAUCUGAGACAGAUGCACAACAAAAAAUCUUUCCCUGCAAUGUGUGUCGAAGGAGGGGGAGGAAGCCCCAUCAGAAAUUCUGUUGUUGACCAACAAGAUUACUGAUGGAGUGCAUAGAGAGGCCAUAAAAUAUGGGGUCUUACUUUGUAUGGCCAGGGUUUUUUAAAAAGACAGCUGCCCAUGUCCUCGGAACAGGAGGAGUUCUGAGACUUAUAAGUUCCAGGCAUAUUUCUUGCCCUUUAGUCUACAUGAAGACAAUGAUGAUACCAGCUUUUUCUUUAAAAAAUGUUUUAUACAUGUCAUUAUUUUUAUUAUGCAUGUGUUAUUAAUUCAUUUGUUAUUGGAGCAUUCUACUGGUUCCGUGAUUUCAGCCAUUCUGCUGCUCUCUCUCUCUCUCUCUCUCUCUCUCUCUCUCCUGAUGGUAUUUCUGCUGAGACAAUUAAAUCCCCUUGCCCCUGCUGUAUUGUGACAGGGAAGAGGGCAAAUAAUGGCCCCUAAUUUGUGAAGAGCUUGCUGAGUGCUAAACCCACAGUACCAGAACCAUCAGCAAACACAACCUUCUUGAUUAAAAGCAUUUUCCUUUUCACAGGGCUUUUUUUCUGGGAAAAGAGGCGGUGGAACUCAGUAGGCUGCCCUCGGAGAAAAUGGUCACAUGGCUGGUGGCCCCGCCCCCUAAUCUCCAGACACAGGGGAGUUGAGAUUGCCCUCCGCGCCUCAUGGCGCAGAGGCCAAUCUCAACUCGCCUCUGUCUGGAGAUCAGGGGGCGGGGCUACCAGCCAUGUGACCAUUUUCAAGAGGUUCCGGAACGCCGUUCCACCACGUUCCAGCUGAAAAAAAGCCCUGCCUAUUCAUAAUCUCUUCUGCAGAGGCCAAUUUUACUGGUUCAGUUUACUAACUGCAUUGGAGUUUUUUGUGACCAUCUGCACUCAAGUUGCUGCCAUGAGAAAUCACUCCAGCUACUAUGCAGCUUUUCCAUGGCUUUUCAGGAAGCACUUUUUUAAAAAAAAUCCAUUUUCCAGUCGGCUGUCUCCCCACGCACACUCAUUAUGCCAUCUCUUAGCAUUCCACCCUCUUCUGCCCCCUCUCACCCCCUGCCAGCCCACUUCAUUGUGAUUGGCCGCUGUUGUCUAUCUAGCCACUCCCUCCCCCUUCUUCCCAUUCCUCCCCCCUCCUCUUUCCUCUCCAUUUUCCUUUCCACUUGUUUUUUCAUUUUUUGUUUUAAAUCCAGCAUAGAAUCGAUGCACAGAUGGGUUAAGAGGGAGAAAUACAGGAAAUAGAUUGAUCCAGCAUUCUAGCAAUGUAUUGAUUCAUCGCUUGUGCAAGAAGAAAAGAAGGAAGGGACAUCACAGAUGACGGCAUUGGUGACGAAAGUGCCAGCACUCAUCAAUCCCAACGCAUUUUGACAUGGUGCAGACUAAAAAGAAUGGCACCACACUAACCAAACAUGAGAGGUGUGAAAAGGCCCAGACUAGCCGAUUCCAUGUCUUUUGGCUUGACUUUUGGAAUAGUCAAGGGUUAUGUCCCCAGUGCAAAAGAGGCUAAAAUCCCCUCACUUAAAAAUCUGUCUUUAAGUAACUAGUUCCUUCCUUAACUACCAGAUGCACACUCUCCAUCUCUUUUCUGUUGUGAUCAACAUGGAACCUCCCCUGGCCUUCUCUAUCCACAUAGGGUCUUUCUUUCGUUCUGCCCUUUUUUCUUUGCUAGUGUACCCAGAGAAAACUCAGGUCAGCCUGACCCAAAACUGGGUUAAGAAAAUCCAUGAAUCAUGUCCUGCGGGGACCAGCGGUAAACAAGACAAUUGAUGGGGAAACACCAGUUAAUUUGAACCAAAUGGGAUUUUAUGUAACAAUGUAGGGGUCUGGGCCAAGAUCUGGCUGACUGGCCUCCAAAAAUAAGGAGUUUUAGGGUGUUGGAUAGAAUAAUGGAGCAUUUCCAACCACUUGGGCAACAAUGGGGUAGUAGGCUGGCUUUGGGGACAGGAAGAUGGGAGAGGUGUGUGACAUUUUGUAACAUAAGGCAACAAGAUAUUUUGACUGAGGGGAAGAGCUGACCAUGUUCAGAAUUGCGUAGGGACUCCAGAGGAAGGGCUAAUAGUCCAUCCAUAUGUGAAGGCAUUGGAUGUAGUCUACACAUUACUUCUUUUACGGCUUCUCCACGGAGCCAACCUGUGCUCUGUGCAGACAUAUGUCAGCUUGGGGAUUGGCUUCUAUAAAAAAACGAGUGUAAAUGGGCUCAGAAAGCUGCCACCAAAGUGUCUAGGACAGCGAAUAGUUCAGCUAAUUGAGUGCACCUGGUGUUGUGCUUAGACUAGGUGGCUCCUCCUCCUGGUUAAAAUAAAAGGCUGGUGUGGGUGGGGGGUGGUAAAAAAAAAAGCCGAACCACGGAGAGCAUGCUGGUUUAGUAAUCACUUCUCUAGAUAGUUUUAGGCCAGGUUAGACUAAGUUUAUUUUUACUUUGCCAUUUCUCUCGUCUCGAGAGCGGCCUCUGUUGUUUUUCUAAACACUCUCUUGAUCUAAUAAAUAAUUAUUUUGCCUGUG